AUGUACAUAAUCACUGCAAAAGUAACAUGUGCCCAUGCAUUAAGGCAUAUAAGACUAGGGGAUUAUAAAACUGCAGCCCUUGAAUUAGUAGAUGUAGACUAUUUUGCACUUGGAGAUACAUUCGACCAAGUCAUUCUGCCUCAUGAUGUUGCCAUGUAUGGAGAUCUAUGUGCGCUUGCCACAUUUGAUCGAUCUGAAAUUCAGUUAUCAAUGUGCUUAGCAGCAAAGAUUCUUUGA